AUGCCUAGAGAACUCCCUGGAAUGUAUUGGGACGAGGAGAAGAACCGAUACUUUCCUCUUUCGUCCAGGCCAGCGGGAGCUCUUGUUUCGUCUACACCUCCAGUCGCACCUUCAACUUCUCUGGCAGCACCGCCCUCGGCUCAAUCCGCACAGUCGCGGAAAAGGCGAAAGCUAGCUAGGGAUGAGCAGGAAAAUCCUCCUUGCGAGGAUGAAGGCCUCGCAUACUCCUCAAAGAGCGCCGCCACCUGGCGGAAUUUGAACGCCUUCAGAGAAGCAUCGUCCGGCGGACGUCUUAGACGAUGCAUACACGGACUACAGAGCGCGAGUAUAUCGGCACGCUCCGCUGAAUCCGAACUAUUAGACAACAAUGGGCGUUUUCCGCUUGACGUUGGGGAAACAGUGUCGGCUCUAUGCACGAGGGUGGAUGAAUCCGGCGACAGUAACAUGUGGAUUGGUGGUGGCUCUGGGUGGCUCUAUACCAUGAAUUCCAAAGAACCCGAUCAUAGAUGGCGUGAAUUCUACCUGGGGACGCAGGUUACUUCGAUCACCAGCUCGGGGCCUACAACACUCGUAACUUCUCUAGGUUCACCAGCACGCGCACUUGUAACUCGUGCACAAACCGUUGGUCUGUGGUUACUGCGCGAGUUCCCCACCAACCUGUGUAACGAUGCCUGGUGUGGGCAUGUUUACAACCGCACAAUCGUCGUAGGCGGCAGACGGGGCGCAGUCUGUUUUGUCGACGCCGAACGCGACCAAUAUGUCCGUUUGCACUGCGAGAGUGAUGUCUUCUCAGUGCGACUGCAGAAUCAGAACUUGAUGUAUAUAGGCAUGCGUAACGGGGUCGUUGAACGAUGGGACUUGCGGCAGCCAGGUGCCGCUUCAGACACGGUCGUCAAUAUGUCUAGCAAGGCGGACCGUACGGGUGGCGCACCAGUACAGCAUCUGCGUCUGGUCCACCAACAUGGCUUACUCGUUGAGACGAUGCGCGGAGAUCUGGAGGUUCAUGACCUUCGUUUUCUGCGAGACACAACGCCACUGAUACAAUUUGACGGUCACGUCUCGAGCUACCAGCACCGAUUGGGCAUUGCAAUCGAUUCGGAGGAAGACUUCCUGUUCGCGGGUGGCGGAGAUUCGCGUCUCCGUGCCUGGUCUCUCCGCACCGGCGAUCCCUUGCACGACGAUAUCGCGACUGGACCAAUAUCCCCAGGAUCUAACCCCCUCAAGAGCAGAUACCCUCGUCCCAUCUGCGCUCUAGAAUUCGUUCCAGAUAACCAGCAGACACACCUCUGGGCAGGGUCUCACACGCAUCUACACCGAAUACAACUAGGCCCAAACGGAGUGCUUCGAUGA